AUGUAUCAAGGACCAAAUUACACCGAGACUGUGUCAAUGAGAUUAUCUGAAGUAUUAUCUGAUAUAGGAGUUGAUGAGAGAAUAGUGCUGAAGAGGAGGAGAACAAUGCUUCUGAAAGAAUCAAUUGAAAAUGUGAUUUACAAAAUACACAAAAACAGUGUUUUUACAGUAAACUAUUUCGGGAGUCAAUCAGAAGGAACAACUACCAUAGGGAUAGAGUCAGACAUAGAUCUACUUUAUUGUUUUAAUGAUAUUCCUGUAAUACAAGACUGGUGUAAAUGGAUACCUGGUGUACAUAAUUAUUUGAUGAUUCAAGAUAAUUUUGUAUCUCCUGGAUAUUGUUUACUUCAAGUGCUAAGACCUGAUGCUCCUCUUCCUGCUGAUAGAGAAUCUAAUCAAUACUAUUUCAGAGACAGAACAGGAAAAAUACUGCUAAAACAAUCGAUAGUGUCUGUUGGAUAUUUCGACAAAUUACCAUUACAUGGACCAGCAAGAGUUGAACAAGGGCCAAAUGGUUACCUUGAUGCAGACAAUGUGCUGGCUCUGCACUGUAAAUCAUGGCCGCAACAAGCUAGACAAUGGUUGGAUCAACAAGGUGAUGCUCACUGGCCGUCUGCUGAAAUGAAACAAUAUUGCAGUAGAACUGGAUGCUUUGUUGUUCCUGUUGGAUGUAGAGGGAGUGAACAUGAGCAACUUGAAUGGAGAAUAUCAACAUCUUUAGCUGAAAGGUGUUUAAUGUUAAAUUUGAAUAUAACACAGAUUCGCUGUUAUGUCUUGAUGAAAAUGAUUUUAAAAUCAUACAUUAAGCCACAGUUUGAAGAUGUAAUUUCCAGUUACAUGUGUAAAACUGUACUAUUCAAAUGUAUUGCCAAUUCACAUUUAAAUAUCUGGAGAGAAAACAAUUUACUUUCUUGUCUAUUACUGUGCUUAUAUCUCCUGUAUAACAAUAUCAUUAAUGAAAACUGUCCACAUUUUUUCAUACCUGAGUAUAAUUUGAUGAGAGGUAAGAUAUCACCUGUAGUCAAACCAUAUAUCCUGGAACUACUCAACAACAUAAUCAACAGUGAAGGAGUGGCACUUCUUGGUAUUAAAUGUGAUGAUCUUGGGUCUAGACUUCAUCUCAAGUGUUAUAAUUUAUGUCCAUAUAAGACAAGUGAAUACAUUUCAGGAUUUCUGUUACUUGAAACAGCUAAUACAAUUUUAAAUUCACUUCUUUUUAUUAGUUCCACUGUUAAAAACAAACGUCCUAAUGAAGCUGUACAGACAUUGACAAACUGUAUAUCUAAGAUAUUAAAUGAUCAAUGUGAAGGAUUGGUUGAGAGAGCUUGUCAACUUUUGUUUCCAAUUUACUGUACAACCCUUGGAUCUUUGCUGGCCUCCAUCAACAUCAAUCAGCACAACACUGUAUCAGCUGAUGCCCUCAAACUCAUUUCACUUGGUCUGAAUAUAGAUGUUGCUUCAAGUAAACUGAAAUUGGUUUCAAUUUUAUAUUGUGUACACGAAAUGCAAAAAGCUGACCUGGUUCUCAGUGAGAUUGAAGGAAGUUAUGAUCUGCAAGUUGUUGAACCAGCCUAUGGUUGUUAUAACUUUGAAAGAAUUCAUCUAAAACAAGGAUUCUCUGCGACAUGUGACAAUCAUACUGAAGAUGUCAUACAAUAUGCCACAGCAUCAUGUGUCAUAUUUUUGCCAUGUGAAAUUCACUGUGUACCCACUGAACUCCGAUAUGAAAUGGUAAGAUCCACACCGGGGGACAGAAUAUUCCUUACAAAAGAUGACGCCUGGAUGGAUAAUGCUGUGAUGGAUUCUCUUCCUUAUCUCUACUUUCUACAAUACAAGGUUAACAGCUAUCUUGGGAGACAUAACAAAAAACAAUCUGCUCUCUCAAAUCUUCUCAGAACCAUAAUAACCGAGCAAAACCUUGGACACCGAGAAACAGCUUUAAAUAUUAUCGGAAAGUGUAUGGAAAAAGAAGGUAGAGUAAGGGAUGCUCUACAAUGUUAUUCGAUGUCUCUGAAUCUAAGGGAGAGAAACAAUGCUGCAAGGAUGCAUAUCUGCACACUUCUAUCUGUAAUAGGAAAUUUCAGGGCAUAGAACGUGCAACAAAGAGGUGGACAUAACUCAAGUAUAAAUUAUGAUGGAAGAGUGACAUAUAAACCUAAAGAAAAAGUCCUGCUUAACAACAUAUUAUAAAUAUUUAAUAUGAUUUUUGCUAUAAAAAAACAACAACAAAAAUAACAGAAUCUGUAAAUAUUAAAUAAAAUUCAGCCAUCCCUAAAUGGAAAAUAACAAAAUUAUAAAUUAUGAUAAAAUAGAGCAUUAGAACUCAGAUAUGAAAUGGUAAGAUCUACACAAGAGGAUAGAACAUUUCGUACAGAAGAUGAUUUCUGGAUGGAUAAUGCUGUGGUGGAUUCUCUUCCUUUCCUCUACUUUCUACAAUACAAGGUUAACAGCAAUCUUGGAAGAAAUAAUGAUAAACAAUCAGCUCUCUCAAAUCUUCUCAGAACCAUAAUAACCGAACCAGACCUUGGACACCGGGAAACAGCUUUAAAUAUUCUCGGAAAAUGUAUGGAACAAGAAGGUAGAAUAAGGGAUGCCUUACAGUGUUAUUUGAUGUCUCUAAAUCUAAGGAGGAGAAACAAUGCUGCAAAGAUACAUAUCUGCACACUUCUAUCUGUAAUGGGAAACUUCAGGGUAUAGAAUGUACAACAAAGAGGUGGAAAUAACUCAAGUAUAAAUUAUGAUGGAAGAGUGACAUAUAAAAGUAAAGGAACAGUCCUACUAAACAGCAUAUUAUAUAUAUGUAAAAUAUUUCUUGUUAUUAUAAAAACCCCAGAAACUUGAAAUAUUUAAUACAAUUCCGUCAGCACUUAAUGGAAAAUAAGAAAGUUAUAAAUUAUGAUAAAUAAGAGACAUAAAAAGUAAAGGAACAUUACUGCUAAACAUCAUAAGUUAUGUGUAAAUGUAUUUUGUUAAACAAAUAUUUAAUAACAUUCAGUCAUUCCUAAAUGGAAAGGGUAAAUACUUAUAAGCAUUAGCCUUUACUGUUGCUAUGGUUAAACAUGUACAAUAUGUUUGAAUUCUAUAUGUAUAUAAACCCAUUUAUUAUUUCAAGAAAUCUAUCCUUUAUUCUAAACACAUUUUAAUUAAUCAUGUGCUUGACAUUUUUAUAUCUGGCUGUAAAAUUAGGAUGUGAGAAAGAUAAUUUAUUAUUUAUGUUAAACAUGUGAUUGUUUUGUACAUGUACAUAGACUAAAAUGGAUAUUACAUAAGUGUUUUUAUAAUGCAUUAUUUAAGUGAUAAAAUAACAGGCUGUGCCAGAAGAAAAUAUUUUUAAAAUCUAUUUUUUUAUUUUUC